AUGACAUCACAUCACAUGGGCAUUUUCAAAGUUCCAGAUGCUACCAUAAAAGAACUGGAUAGUAUACAAAGGAAUUUUUGGUGGAGGAAACAGGAUUCUAGAGGUUUCUUUCUCACUGGCUGGGCAAUCAUCAAUAAACAUAAGCAAAAUGGAGGAAUGGGUUUUAGAGACUUAAAAUGUUUCAGCAGAGAUCUUCCAGCCAAAGUUGAUUGGAGAUUACUAAAGAAUGAAGACAAGUUUUGGGAAAAGGCCUUAAAAGAAAGAUAUUUCCCAACUACAUCAGGACUGCAUGAAAGGAAAAAGAAGAAUUCAACUUGGUCCUGGCAAAGCAUUCAAGGGAGUAUGCAGUUCAUCUUCAAGUUCAGUCUCUGGCUACUUGGUGAUGGAAGAAAAAUAUCCAUUUGGUCUGGCAUAUGGAUUCAAGGCACACAAGCACCUCAUAUUCCAGUUGUGGAGUUGGAGAUUGCAUAUACUUACAACGAAGUUUCUGACCUAAUUAUCAAGAUACCAAUACAUGUAAGGUGA